UAGAGGUCUCCAUCCGGGGCCACACCUCAUCAGAAAUCCAUUGGACACACUCCUGCCUCCCACCAUCUUGCAUUUCACGUGCUCAUCCCAGCCAAGAUGAGCGUCCUGAUAGUUCACAUAUUUUUGCCCUUUGUCCUGUAUGGAGAGAAAGGAAGAAUGAAUGGACUGUCUUUGAUUGGCAGUGCUAGUGAUGCCCCUCAUGGUCAUCUUAGGACAGACCCUUUUGGGACUAAAGCCAGUGAGGCAGCUCGCAGAGGCUUCCGCCAGCUAAGUGUGGUACUUUCUUUCAGGUGGAGAGAGUGUGAGCCAGAGGAAGAGAUAGCCAUGGAAGACAGCUCCACUAUUGCUAAACUGGACCGGGGUGAAAACCACGUUUCCCCAUAUCAGGGGAGAAGGUCCCUCCCCAAGGCACUUGGCUACAUCACUGGCAAUAUGAAAGAAUUUGCUGACUGGCUUAAAGACAAGCCUGUGGUACUUCAGUUCAUUGACUGGGUUCUUCGGGGGAUGGCCCAAGUGGUGUUUGUCAGCAACCCCAUCAGUGGAAUCCUGAUUGUGGUGGGACUUCUUGUCCAGAACCCCUGGUGGGCUCUCACUGGCUGUGUGGGAACCGUGGUCUCCACUCUGACGGCCCUGCUGCUCAGUCAAGACAGGUCAGCAAUAGCUGCAGGGCUCCAGGGAUACAACGCCACCCUGGUGGGAAUACUCAUGGCUGUCUUUUCAGACAAGGGAAACUAUUUCUGGUGGCUGUUAUUCCCCGUAUGUGCUAUGUCCAUGACUUGCCCAGUCUUCUCAAGUGCACUGAGCUCUGUGUUCUGCAAAUGGGACCUCCCUGUCUUCACCCUGCCUUUCAACAUGGCGAUAACAAUGUACCUGGCGGCCACAGGACAUUACAAUCCCUUCUUUCCAAGCAAAUUGAUCACACCUGUAACUUCAGUUCCCAAUGUCACCUGGACUGACCUCAGUGCCCUGGAGUUAUUAAAAUCUGUGCCCGUGGGUGUGGGUCAGAUAUAUGGCUGUGACAACCCAUGGACAGGGGGCAUUUUUCUGUGCGCCAUUCUGCUCUCCUCCCCAAUCAUGUUCCUGCACGCUGCAAUCGGAUCGCUGCUGGGGAUAGCAGCAGGGCUCAGCCUUUCGGCUCCAUUUGAGAACAUCUACUUUGGACUCUGGGGUUUCAACAGCUCUCUGGCCUGCAUUGCAAUUGGAGGAAUGUUCACAGCGCUCACUUGGCAAACCCACUUCCUGGCUGUUGCCUGUGCCCUGUUCACCGCCUACCUUGGAAUCAGCAUGUCACAAGUGAUGACUGUGGUUGGACUGCCAGCUUGUACCUGGUCCUUCUGUUUGGCCACACUACUAUUCCUGUUGGUGACCACGGAAAACCCCAACAUCUACAGGAUGCCCCUCAGCAAAGUCACUUAUCCUGAAGAAAACCGCAUCUUCUACCUGCAAGCCAAGAAAAGGAUUGUUGAAAGCCCUUUGUGAGAACAACACUCAUCCAGAGCCAUGGUCAUGAGUCGUUUCUGACUGGCUGCCUCAGUUGACUUCUUACUUUCCCUAGUAACAACUUCAUACUAAUUUGUUGGCAAUCUGUUCUUGUGCCCAUUUUUCUUUUAGACUCCAGGGGACACCCCCCAGCAUAUAAGAGACAUCUGCAUGCUCUGGGUACGGAAUUUUAAACCCCAGUGGGAGCUGGAGCUGACUAAGAUAUAAUGUAUUUAUAAAGUCAAAAGGCAUCAACAGAGAAAGCAAGUGAGACUGGAGCUAAUUAUUGAUAUUCCUGGUGUCUGGUCAGCUGGAUGAUGUUAACAGUAUUAAAAAUUAAGCUCUAUAAACCAACAAAGCCUUAAGUGAAUGGAAUUCACAGUCGCAAAAUCAAAGUCAGCACAGAACUUGCAAAUCAGCAGGGUUUUUUCGUUUUUCGUUUUUCAGUCAAUGCAAGUUACACAUUAUACCUGUGGUUGACAUCGAGACGGUGUGGGCUGAUGCUGUUCCUCAGUUCUUCCAUGGCCUCAACACUGUCCAUUAUGUGCAGGACGUUCUCUUAUUCAGGAGAUCGUUGGGUUUUUUCAGGCAGAUGGAGCUGCAGAAGGGAGAAAGGGAUUUUGUCAGUCAAAACUAUUCUGCAAUUGCCAUUUUUCUUGGAUAUUGCCAAGAAUUUUUUAAAUGAAGCUUUUUUUUUUUCUUUUUUUUAUGAGAAUGGAGUUGCUUCAAUAAAAUAAGAGAAGUUCCUGACUUAACCAGCUUUUAGAUAUUAAAGAAAAGUUGCACAUUUCAAAAACAUUCAGCAUAGCAACAAAUGCAUCUAACCAAGUCAUCAAGAUCCAUUGUCCCUUUUUUAUUUUUUAUGUUCCUUUUUUAAAAAUUUUUAUUGUGGUAAAAUAUAUA